AUGCGUAAAACAAGUCGCCUUAGAACACUUCCUCUCAUAUCAUCUCAAUGUCAUGCCAACAACUCACCCCCGUAUGUGCAACGUCCCUCCUAUGCCACUCGCUCACGGCCUCUUCCACCCGUCGCUGUCCACCCGAACUCUCUUCUUCCUCCGGUCCGAUUCCCCAUGGCUAGAGAUGGUCUGCAUAGGAUGGCAACAAGGCCAUCGGAUGCCGAACUAUUUGCCGACACACCAAUCCUCGGAGAUCUCUCAACUUAUAGCCCAUGGCUUUACUCCUAUACACACCUGAUCUGA